AAACUCUCCUUUGUCUUGUGGAAUGAAAAAUAUAAUUUGUUCAGAUGAUUUGUUUGCUUCCUUUUGUCUGAUCAUUUAAUUGUAUAAAUUGCCCCAAUUUCCUUUUUUGCUUUACCCAGGAGGUAAUUGGGUUUCCAGGUGUCGAUAGUGGUAAAGAACCCACCUGCCAAUGCAGGAGACAACAGACACAGGUUCUAUCCCUGGGUCGGGAAGAUCUCCUGGAGGGGGGCAUGACAGCCCACUCCAUUAUUCUUGCCUGGAGAAUCCUAUCCACAAAGGAGCCUAGUAGAGUACAGCCCAGUUGGGGGAGGGGGGCGCAAAAGACACACAUCUGAAGCUGAUCAUAGCACACAUCAUAGCAGCAGCAGCAGCGGCAGGAGACAGUUAAGAGUUACCUGGGUCAUUAUGGCAGUCAAGUGGACUGGUGGACAUUCUUCUCCUAUUCUCUGCCUGAAUGCAAGUCAAGAAGGGCUCGUGGCUUCUGGAGCAGAAGGUGGAGAUCUCACGGUUUGGGGUGAAGAUGGGACUCUUUUAGGACACACGUGCUUCCAAGGGGCAGAGGAUGUUACCAACGUCUUAUUUUCUCCAUCCUGCCCCACCAAACUCUAUGCUUCACAUGGAGAAACCAUUAGCAUACUGGAUGUCAGGUCUCUUAAGGAACCCUUGGACGAUUUUCAUGUGAAUGAAGAAGAAAUCAACUGUCUUUCAUUAAAUGAAACUGAAAACCUGCUGGCUUCUGCUGAUGACUCUGGAACAAUCAAAAUCCUAGACCUGGAAAAUAAGAAAAUUAGCAGAUCACUGAAGAGACAUUCCAAUAUCUGUUCCUCUGUAGCUUUUCGACCUCAGAGGCCUCAGAGCCUGGUGUCAUGUGGACUGGAUAUGCAGGUGAUGCUGUGGAACCUUCGCAAAGCCCGGCCACUCUGGAUUACAAAUUUACAGGAGGAUGAAACAGAAGAAAUGGAAAGUCCACAAUCACCUGGUCAGCUUUUAAACCCUGCCUUAGCCCACUCUGUGUCUGUGGCAUCGUGUGGCAAUGUUUUUAGUUGCGGUGCAGAAGAUGGUAAGGUUCGAAUCUUUAGGGUGAUGGGAGUCAAGUGUGAACAGGAACUGGGAUUUAAGGGCCAUACUUUGGGGGUUUCCCAAGUCUGCUUUCUUCGAGAAUCCUAUUUGCUGCUUACUGGAGGGAAUGAUGGAAAGGUAAAGCUGUGGGAUGUAAGCAGUGAAAUUGAAAAAAAACAUAAGAGUCCAACCAAACAUACUCACAGGAAGAAAACCAAAAGGGCAACUUACACCAAGCAAGGUGGAAACACUCAUGCUUCAGUAACAGGUGAAGAUGAACAUGGCAAAAUUGUACCAAAGUUAAGUAUUGAACAUGGAGAAAAAGUGAACUGGCUGUUAAGUACAAAAAUAAAAGGGUACCAGAAUAUAUUGGUAGCUGAUCAAACUAGUUGUAUAUCAGUGUAUCCCUUAAAAGAAUUUUAAAUCCAAUAAAACAUUUGAAAAACCA